AUGCUUACCCCAGGAGCCGUCAUUAAAGAUGUAGAGAAUACUGGCACGAAUUUUGCAGUGAACCUCUCGAUGACGGUGCCUGAAGGUUUUCCGGGCCAUGCGGUAAUGUACUCCGUUUCAAAGAUUCUAGCCCACCAAGCUACCCGUGGCUUCGUCAAGAACCAAGCCCCUCACUUCAAGGUUAUCACUUUCCACCCAACGUUCGUUAAGGGAAAGAGUAUCAUUUGGGAGACUGCCGAGGAUAAAGCAGUGCUGAAUGCGUUCGGCAAUGUCUGGGUGCAUGUUCUCAAUGUUGCUGCCGCUCACGUCAGAAUAUUGGAGAAAGAUAUCGAGAGUGGGACUGAAAUUAUUCUCUCGCAUCUUGCCGUCUCAUGGAAGGAAUCGGUCAGUUUUGUGAAGGAAAAUUAUCCAGGGAUUGAAUGCAAGUUGCAGCCUCCUUUUGAGGAUUAUUGGACGGCGGAAACUACUACGGUUGAUAAGGGUCUUGGUAUCAAGUGGCGCUCACCAUACAAUAAUCAAGGAUCUUAUCGAUCAGCAGAUACGUCUUGA